CUCUCUCUCUCUCUCUCUCUCUCUUCACAUUUGCUUUUCCUCUCACCCUUUUCUCUCCUAAGCAAUAGCCUCAAAAACCAAAAAUGUAUGCUCGAGAAAAAGUAAGUAGAGAUCAAAGCCAAAAAUCAAGAAGAAGAGACAAAACUCUGCCGUCAUUCUCCUCCACUCUCCUCGACGAAAUCUACCGUUCAAUCGACGGAAAUACCGACGAAAUCAACGGCUACGAUUCAACCAGGAGUUCUAGAACAACAUGCCUCGUCGAAAAAUGGAUGGAAAAGGAGAGGAAAAGACAUCAAGAAACCGACACUAAACCGGUCCACGACGACGUCGUAUUCUUCAGCUCCACGUCAUCGUCUUCCGACAGCUCCGGCACGCUCUCCUCCUCCGACACCGAGUUUUUCGGUUCAAGGCCAAAACCGGUCAGGACCGGAACCCGGUCCGAUUCGGGCCGGUUCAAGUUCGACGAUGUUCAGACCGGACUGGCCGAGGCCGAUUUGAUCAAGUCGAAAUCGAGGGCGUUGAGGAUGUAUGCUAAUUUGAAGAAGGCGAAGCAGCCGAUUUCUCCCGGUGGGAGGCUCACUAGCUUUAUCAAUUCGCUUUUUAGCAAUGCCAAUGGAAAGAAAUCGAGGAAUCUCGAAUCUGGGGACGCUGAGAGGUCGACGGGCAGGAAGUGCUCGUCGGCCUCGUCGUUCUCGAGGACGUUCUUGAACAAGUAUUCGCCUCGGGUGAAGGAGAAGGCCAGGGACGAGGUGCGGAGGACGGUGAGAAUUGAACCCGAAGAUUUACGGCCACGUGGGCACAACAAGAGUGUGUGUAGUGGGGACUCGGGGAGGUUGGGGCGGCCCCCGCUACCCAAGGCCGGGUUGAACAAGAAGGUUGAGAUCGUCGCGCAAAAACAAAACAGUAAAAGGAGUGAUGUUUUUCGUAAUGUGGAGGAGUACGACGACAAAGAGGACUGUUUUAGUGACUCGAGCUCGGACUUGUUCGAGCUUGAUCACCUAGCUUUUUUCGGGAGCAAUAGGUAUAGCGAGGAGCUACCAGUGUACGAGACUACUCGUUUCAAUAAGAAUUGCGCUAUUGCUAGUCGUUUGCUUCGGUGAUUAGGGAUGAAUAAUAUUUGGUGUUUUUUAAUUUUUUUUUAUCUUAGGAGUUAGGACUUAGAUUGUACAUUGUCUUUUUAACUUAUGUUUUUUGAUCAUACCAUAUUGAAGAUGUUACUAUAUGUUACUUUUCGAUUUAUGGAAUUUAAUGAUGUAAGAAAAAAACAGGAUUUGGAAUUGAGACAAACACUGAAAAAGUAAAGAAUGGGGUGUGGUUUAGAUCCCAAGUUGGUAGGAG